AUGAGCUACUCCUUCCUCGGACAGUCCACCGUGCGCUAUCCCGCCGCCGUGCACGGCACCCCGGAGGCGAAGGCGACGUACGUCGACUCCCCCGCGGACAAGCUCGCGAUCGAGAUGAACGUCCGGAUGCUCUCCGAGCUCGCGCGCGUGAAACCGCGCGGGGACCCGACGUCGUACGACGCGCUCGUGGAGGCGGCGCUCAUGUUGCGCGACGCGACGCCGCCGGAGAAGCUUCGAUCGGAUAUUGGAAAUCUGAUGCGGAAGCAGAUAACGUCCGGGAUGCCGCCGUUCGCGCUCGGCGCGAUGCAAGCGCUCGUCCCUUCGGAGAUCUUGAGGGAGAUGAACGCGACCGUCGCGAGCGAGGCGGCGGAGUGGAUGUUCGGCCCGACGACGCGCGAGACGCUCGCGGGUCAAGGCGGGAAGCGAGUCACCGUCGUCAACGUGAAGAAAUGUCGCUACCUCGAGGCGAGCGGAUGCGCGAGCGUGUGCGUGAACCAGUGCAAGCUCCCGGCGCAGGACGUCAUGCGCAGCGAGUUCGGGACGCCGGUGUACAUGCAGCCCAACUUUAACGACUGCUCGUGCCGGAUGUUUUUCGGUCAGGAGCCUCUGCCGGAGAGCAUCGAUCCCGCGAUCAAAGCGUCGUGUCUCGAGGGGUGCGCGCGGGGGGACGCGAUGGCGGCGAUGAGCGCCGCGGCGGAGGCGGAGGCGGCCGCGAGUGAGGCCGCGGCGCGGGCGGGGACGUUCCCGGACCCGCAGGCGUGGGUGGACGGCGUCGUGGGUCCCAGGGCGAAGAAGAAGAACCCGCCGGAGCGCGCGAACGAAACGUGCGACCUCCUCCGAGGGUGA